AAAUGGAAAUCGUGCCCGAGGGAAAAAACUUUCGAUUGGUAACCGAAGACGAGCUUGCAGAGGUAGCUGAUGUUUUAGUGCAGUAUAUGCCUGAAUCCUUAAAGUUUCAUCAAACGAUUCAAACAUAUCUAAACAACAAGGUGUGGGACUUCAAUUUUUAUGUAGCGAAAAAUUGGCCGGAAGAUCCGAUUUGCUUACAUUUCCCUGGCUGCACUAGCACACCAAAUAGUCAUAAUAUCUAUGAAAGUGUGACUAUAUUCUGUCCAUCGGAACGCGCAGAACUAGUUGAUCUCGUGACGUCCGAAGACAUUUUGAUUGAUUUGUCUCAACCAUUGUACCUGAACUUCACUAACAAAGCAAUCGUGGACCGUUUAGAAAAGUACUAUGAAGCCCACGACAAAAUCACUGGAGAUGUAUACGUAUGUGAUAAGCCCCCUGAAGAUGUUGCCGAUGAACUACCACCGGACGUGGAGUUAGUGCGUUUGCAGCCAGAGCAUAUGAAGGCAGUUCACGAUUUGUACCCAGCUAGUGAUAUCGAGUGUCGGGAAGUUUUCGAAAAGCUGGUCGCAGAACUGCCUGCAUAUGGCAUAUUCGUGGAAGGACAAUUAGCAGCUUGGAUGGUACAAUCCUAUUACGGAGCAAUGUUUUCUAUGCAAACGCGACCUGAAUUUCGUAGGAAAGGUUACGGAAUCUUUUUAGCGAGGCGCCUCACCAAGGAGGUCGCCGCUCGAGGCUAUAAGCCAUUCGUCGUGAUACGUCCGGAAAAUGACGCGUCCCGUUCCCUCUACUCCAAACUAGGUUUCGAAAAACGUUUCCGAACGGUGCGCGCCGUUUUGCGCCCUCGCUAAUGCGUUAAAGUUGAUCACUAGCAGAUUU